AGGGUGAAGAGGACACACGAUUGAAAGUACCUGCUCAGGACGAUGAAACUCCUCAAUUUUGUUUUGGUCUAUCGCCGCUUUAUCCUUGUGAUUCUCUGUGUUCUCCUUUUAUUGCCACUCCCUCUCGUUGUCCGCACCAAGGAAGCAGAAUGUGCCUACGUCCUCUUUGUUGUUGCCAUCUUUUGGGUCACAGAAGCCUUACCCCUGUCAGUCACAGCUCUACUGCCUGGCUUAAUGUUUCCAAUGUUUGGGAUCAUGUCUUCCACACAUGUGGCCUCUUCUUAUUUCAAAGAUUUUCACCUGCUGUUAGUUGGAGUCAUCUGUUUAGCAACGUCAAUUGAAAAAUGGAAUUUGCACAGGAGGAUUGCUCUGAGGAUGGUGAUGAUGGUGGGUGUGAAUCCAGCCUGGCUGACGUUGGGGUUCAUGAGCAGCACUGCCUUCUUAUCUAUGUGGCUUAGCAACACCUCUACUGCUGCCAUGGUGAUGCCCAUCGUGGAGGCUGUGGCGCAGCAGAUCAUCAGUGCUGAAGCAGAGGCCGAGGCCACUCAGAUGACUUAUUUCAAUGAAUCUGCAGCCCAUGGACUGGAAGUUGAUGAAACUGUUAUUGGACAAGAAACAAAUGAGAGAAAAGAGAAAACAACACCAGUUCUAGGAAGCAGUAAUGACGAAGGGAAAGUUUCAAGCAAGAUGGAGACAGAAAAGAACAGAGUCACAGGAGUAGCGUAUCGGUCAAAGAGGGACCACAUGAUGUGUAAACUCAUGUGUUUAUCUAUUACUUACUCUUCAACCAUUGGAGGGCUGACAACACUCACUGGCACCUCCACCAACCUGAUCUUCUCUGAGCACUUCAAUACACGCUACCCUGAGUGUCGUUGCCUCAACUUUGGAUCCUGGUUUUUGUUAUCCUUCCCGGUUGCCAUUAUCCUUCUACUCUUGUCCUGGAUCUGGCUUCAGUGGCUUUUCUUAGGAUUCAACUUCAAGGAGAUGUUCAAAUGUGGCAAAACCAAAACACCCAGAGAAAAAGCAUGUGCCGAGGUGAUCAAGCAAGAAUAUGAAAAACUUGGGCCAAUUAAGUACCAAGAAAUCGUGACCUUGAUAAUCUUCGUCGUGAUGGCCUUGCUAUGGUUCAGUCGAGAUCCUGGUUUUGUUACUGGCUGGUCGGCCCUGUUUUCAGAGCACUCUGGUUAUGUUACAGAUUCAACUGUUGCGCUAGUUGCCGGAAUACUUUUCUUUCUAAUUCCAGCUAAGAAAUUGACAAAAACUACAUCUUCAGGAGAAAUUGUUGCUUUUGAUUUCUCUCCCCUGAUUACUUGGAAAGAAUUCCAGUCAUUCAUGCCGUGGGACAUAGCCAUUCUUGUUGGUGGCGGCUUUGCCCUGGCAGAUGGCUGUCAGGCAUCAGGACUAUCUUCCUGGAUAGGAAGUAAAUUAUCUCCUUUAGGUUCAUUACCAAUUUGGCUAAUAAUUCUGAUAUCUUCUUUGAUUGUCACGAGUUUGACAGAGGUAGCCAGCAAUCCAGCUACCAUCACCAUUCUUUUCCCAAUAUUAUCUCCUUUGGCUGAAGCCAUUCAUGUGAACCCCCUUCAUAUUUUACUGCCUUCCACACUCUGUACAUCAUUUGCAUUCCUUCUGCCCGUUGCAAAUCCACCCAAUGCUAUUGUUUUUUCAUAUGGCCACUUGAAAGUCAUUGACAUGGUUAAAGCUGGACUUGGAGUAAAUAUUUUGGGUGUUGCUGUGGUGAUGCUGGGCAUGUUCACCUGGAUCGAAUCUAUGUUUAACCUCCAUGAGUACCCUGCCUGGGCUCCUGACUUUGUUAAUAAGACCAUGCCAUGACAAGCACAAAAUUGCUACCGACUUUAUUGUGACUUUGGGACUUGCUAAGAAUUCAUUGUAAGAUGUAACUGUAUAUUAUUGACACAUAUCAAUCAAUGAUAUAGUCACUGCAGUCCUAGUACAUGCCUCACACUUGCUAUCAUAGAGUCUAUAUGUCUUUUGAAGUACCACCAAAGAGCAGCAACACACCUACAUCCAGAAACCUAUGGUUGAAAUUGCGUUGGAUGACCAUCUACACACUCUUUCUCCGUAAAAGUGAUGCUAAUGACCUUCAAAGAAGUUAGGCCAUUUGCCACAUCUUGAACUUUGAGUUAAGUGUAACAUUUCAAACAUUAAUUUAUUACUUGAAAAUCUUCUUAUGAAAUUAAAAGUAGAAAAUAAAGUAUAAAAGUAAAUGUGAUACUUGAAUAAAUCAUGUCUAUAAUGUUUUUCAAGGGAAUUUGCUAAAGAAUCAAGCCACGGUCAUUGGUGUAAUAAAAGUAAAAUGUGUAUUUAUUUAUUUAUUGAAAAGUCCAGCUGCAUUAUUACUAAGGUAUAGACAAAACAAAUUGAAAUUAAAAUAGUUAUAAAUUCCAAAGUCCAUGAAUUCAUUUGACAGUAGAAAAUUUAUAAUGAUUAAUUCUAUGUGUCCAUAUAAACAGGUUAUCAUUUUACGCGUCUGUGAAUUCUGUGCUGAGCACUGCAUUUUGAGGAGUUAUGAAUAAAUGAGUUGUGAUUUGCAGUAUUUUACAGUACAGUUAGAAAAGCUGUGCAUUAAAGCUAUUAACACAUCUAUGCGAUGUGUGACGUCUGCAUCUGCAUCUGUCACCACAGAAUCAUGGGAUUUAGAUUCUCUCCUGCUUAGUCUCACAGAGGAAAAGCCUAAAAAAUAGCCCCCAGUUCCACCAAUCCUGGCUUGACCCAAAGACUACAAAUUUUGAAGAACAUAACCAGAAAUAGAGUAAUUUCUCUCUAGUACUCUGAUAAUUUUGCGUAACUUACUUUGUAGGGCCCUGUAACCACUGUUGUUAUAGAUGCAAACUCUUCACUUGGCUUAGCAGAUGUCCAGUAGGUGACCAUUGCAGGGUAAAAGCGUUUAAAAUCCCUUCUUGGGAUUGUUUCUGUCACUUUAUUUUAAUUAAUUUUAUUUUUAUUUUAAAAAGUGUUUGUUUUAGAAAACAAUAUAUGAAAAAUGAGUUGUAAACUAAAAAUAUUACUAUAUAAAGAAGUCAGUAACAUAAUCCUGUUGUAUCAAUAUUGAAAUGGGAUAGAAGUAAAAUACAGAAUAAAAAUUAAAAAGAUGUACUUGACAAAAAAGAAAAACUACUUAUGAUUAUUGGAAAAAGAAAACCAGUCUUCAAGCAUACAAACAAAUAAGCAAUAAUAUGGAAAAAAAGAUCUUUGGUAUUCCAAAGCUGGACUAAAAUAAUUAUCAAAGCCAAAAUAAUCUGCCCAUUUAAGAAAAUAUUGACGUUAGAGCAUGGAACUUUCCUGCUAAAAAUAAAAUGGAGGUCAAAAAAUAAA